GCUUUCUGCCAUGAGGGUGGUGUCAUCUGCAUAUCCAAGGUUAUUGAUAUUUCUCCUGGCAAUCUUGAUUCCAACAUGUGCUUCAUCCAUAUCAGUACUUUGUAGCUAUUCUGGGCUGAAUAGUUCCAUUGUAAAGAUAUACCACAUUUGGUUUAUUCAUCAGUUGGUGGAUGUUUGGGUUGUUUCCACUUUUUGACUGAAUGGAAUGAUGCUGCUUUGAACAUUUGUGUACAAGUUUUUGUGUAUACAUGUUUUCAGUUCUCCUUGGUAUAUACCUAAGAUGGAAUUGCUAGGUUAUAUGGCAGCUCUGUGUUUAACAUUUUGAUUAAACUGCCAAACUGUUUUUUCUGAAGCAGCUGUAUCAUGUUAUAUAGUUUUUAAUGUUAUUUAAGACUCUUGGAAGAAAUGAGGAAAAAGUUUAUGAAAAUGUUAACCUAAGAGUGUUAGUACUCAUGAGAGCCAUUCUGGCAAACCAGAUGAAAGUCUCAAUUGUCUCAUUUGCUUUACAGAAUGAAAAAUUAAGAUAUAAACCCACAUCAUAGAAGCAGUGUCAUUUUUUAUACUCUCUUAUUCCUUCACCCACCCACUUAUCUUAAAAGUUUGGAAUAUACUUGGAAUUGAUGUUGUUUACUUUCACAUAAAGAAUAUGUGACUAAAAGUGACAUAUUAAGUUUCCUGCUUUGCUUUUCCUUAGUGAGUUUCAUAUUUUAUUAUACAGUUUACUAAAGCAGAGAAACUGAGCAUUGUUCUUUCUGCAGAAAACAUUCUUAAUCAAAAUUCAAAGUAAAAAAAUAAAAUUCAAAGUAGAUUUGAAUUCUGUUUAAAUUUUCUUGCAUAUAAAAAUAUUUUUCAAAAAUAUCACAUAAAGACCUCACUUAUUUGUGUUCAUGUAAUGGGUAGUUUAGGAGUGCUUUUGUCUUCUCUGCUGAUGAUGCUACCCUUCCUUGUCUUUUGUUCUCACUGGUCAUUAUUAGCUAUUCGAACAAACUUCACAUUUGUUCUAACAAAGAUUUAUACAGCCUUCAUAAAUUUCCAUGAAAUGAAAUUAUUAUAAAGAAAUAAAGUAUUUUUGUUUCAAUAGACUUUCAAAGCAGAAAGGACACUCAAGAGAAACAAUACUUAUGGAGUAAUUUCUAAUAUUAGAUCACAUAAGUGCUUUUCAUGCCUUUCUCAUUUAAGGUGACAAUCCAUGUGAAUUUUAUAUUUGAAAGAAGAAAUGUGAUUAUCAGUCAUUUCAUAAAGCUUGAUAUAAACCCUGGCACUCUAGGAUAAAUUGAUCCUUAUUCCUUUUAAGGAUGUAUGAUAGAGAUUGAGUCAUAUUCUUUGAGUAAUGAAAAAUUAAGGAAUUUCUUUUUUAGGUAAACUAUAAGUCAGCUUUGCAAUGUGGACAUCGAAUACAUUGUUUACUAAAUUCUAUAAUUUUAACUGGUAAUUUUCAGUUGUUUUCCAGUUAUUUUGUUUUUAAUAUAAUUUAUGUUAUUUCAUUGGGUGAUUUUAUCUACUUCAUUUCUGGAAUGCCUGAGUAAAGAACUAGAUAAAUAUUGGGUUUUAAUCAGGAUUUUUUUCUGAAAAUUGAGGCUUUUAAUACAUUUUUAAUAUAUUUUUUUUGGUCUGUCGUAUUAAUUUUUCAGUUGAUAACUUUCAUUACUGACUAGAAGCAGUACAGAAAAUGCUUUCUACCACCCUGUAACGUAAAUUUUAGAUUAAAAAAUUUACCUCAAAAAAAUAAAAAGUAAUUUACUGUAUGAUUCAGCAAUCCUACUUUUGGGAAUAUAUUCUAAAGAAGUGAAAUCACUAUCUUGAAGACAUAUCUGCAUCCCUAUGUUCAUUGUCGUGUUCUUUACCGUAGCCAAGACAUGGAAACAGUGUAGGUGUUCCAUCCUUGGCUGAAUGGAUCAAGAAAAUGUGAAACUAUGAGUGGAGGAUCUCAAGUUCACAUUUUUUGGGGUGCUCCAGUCAGUCCACUGGAAAUGACAGUCUCACAGGAGCCAACCUCUUUAGCACCCACUACUGAGACCUGGAAAGAAAUUCAGGUUUUGUAUAAUCACCAUUCCUUAUACCUGAAGGAUAAAAAAUGCAGGCACAAAAAUCUCGAGGACCGUCAGGCCCUGGAACCUCUGGGUCUUCCAGAUCUUCCUCAUGGUCAUACUCCAGCAAACUCUGUGAACAGAUCUGUUUACAUGAAAGAUGACUCCACACGUUGCAUUUCUGAAACACAAACUGUAAAUUCCCAGAAGAGUUACCUCUUGGGAAUGAGUGAUAGAACCAACUCCAGUGAGCAAAUAUGUGGAUUUAAGGGAGGAAUUCAGCAUUUUACUGAAGAAGAGAAGUAUCAAAAUCUUUCCAGUGAAUUUAAGAAAACCACAAGUGAACAGCAUGAUCAAUCAAACAUAUGUGGUCAGAACAUUCCAAAAAAUUCCUUUCAUUUAGAUCAUAAGUGUGCAGCUAUACUGGAUGUGGUCUGUGGUACUGAACAGACUAAUACUCCAGAAGCUAUCAAAAUAAACCGUGCACCAACAGAGCAUCAUGAAAUACAGAACCGGUGUCUGGAGUUCUUCCCCUCUAACACAGUAGACAAACCUAGACCUGAAGGACUUAAAAUAUCCACUGAUGCUGAAUUUCUUAGUAUAAUGACCUCCAGCCAGGUUGCUUUUUUAGCUCAAAGGAAAUAUAAAGGGCAGAAUUCUAUAAAUAAAGGGACCAUAAACAUGGAGAUUGAACCAGAAGCAAGUUAUGGGGAAAUAAGAAUAACUGAGGAUAAUUUGAUUCAGUCCAAAGAUGAUUCUGCAGAAGGAUAUGAAGAUGGACAGAACCAAGCCUGUUCCGUUGAACUUUUUAGUCCUGUUUGUCCUGAAACAAAAAGUUGCUACACUCUCUUAAAUGCUGAUAAAGAUCUUGAAGAAAACAUAGGAUCUCAAGAACUUUUCAAUUUUGAUGAUAACUUUCAACCAAAUGAGAUAUGCAUUGAGUCAUGUAACUCAGGAAUACUGUGUUCUCAACUAAAUACCUUCCACAAAAGUUCUGGUAAGAGAAGUUGGACCUCUGAAGAGAAAUCAGGCCACCCUCAGGCUCUGUCUAAAGUCCCCCAUGUAGCUAAGAAAAUUAAGUUGUUUUCUAAUGAGAUAGAUCAUACUAUAACGGUGGACCAGAGGAACAUGUCUGGAUUUAAGGGCAUUAAAAAAACCUCAUUAAUAAAAAACUGUGAUUCUGAACGUCAGAAAUACAAUUGCUUAGUCAUGGUAUUAUCUCCAUGUCACAUGAAAGAAAUAAAUAUAAAAUCUGGACCAAAUUCUGGCUCUAAAGUGCCUUUAGCAACAAUUGUGGUAACUGACCAAUCAGAAAUUAAGAAGAAGGUGUUUCUGUGGAGGACUGCAGCAUUCUGGGCACUUACUGUGUUUCUUGGAGAUAUAAUUUUACUCACAGAUGUCACUAUCCAUGAGGAUCACUGGGUUGGUGAGACAGUACUGCAAUCAACAUUCACCAGUCAAUUAUUAAAUCUUGGGAGUUACUCAUCUGUCCAGCCCGAAGAAUAUUCCAGUAUGAUUAGUAAUGUUGUACUUCAAGACUUACUGGCAUAUGUAUCUUCAAAACAUUCCUAUCUCAGAGAUCUUCCUCAGAGGCAUCCUCAGAAAAUGAGCAGUAUAGAAUUUAUAGAAUUGGAGCAGCUUCAGCCAGACAUACUAGUCCAUGCAAUUCUAAGAGUUGUUGAUAUCUCUGUACUGACAGAGGCGUUAUACAGUUAUAGAGGACAGAAGCAAAGGAAAGUUAUGUUAACAGUGGAACAGACCCAAGGUCAACAUUAUGUGCUUGUAUUAUGGGGUCCUGGAGCAGCCUGGUACCCUCAACUUCAAAGGAAAAAAGAUUAUAUUUGGGAAUUUAAGUAUCUUUUUGUUCAGCGCAAUUGCAUCCUGGAGAACCUAGAAUUGCAUACAACACCAUGGUCAUCCUGUGAGUGCCUGUUUGAUGAUGAUAUAAGGGCAAUUACAUUUAAAGCAAAAUUUCAAAAAAACAUACCCUCCUUUGUGAAGAUGUCAGAUUUAGCAACACACCUAGAGGAAAAGCAUUCAGGAGUGAUUCUAAUCAAAGCCCAGAUUUUAGAGCUAGUGUUUCCCAUUACAGCAGUUCAGAAAAUAGCUCUAAAUGCUCGCAGUUCUCUGAAGAGUAUUUUUUCUUCUCUUCCCAAUAUUACAUACACUGGCUGUGCAAAAUGUGGAUUGGAACUACAAACAGAUGAGAACAAGAUCUACAAACAGUGUUUUAGCUGCUUGCCGUUUACUAUGAAGAAAAUGUACUAUAGGCCAGCUUUAAUGACCAUAGUUGAUGGAAAAUGUAAGGUCUGCAUCCAUGUAGGAUCAAAGCUGAUAGAGAAGAUUCUUCUCAACAUUUCUCCUGACUGGCUCAACAGAAUAAUAGCGCCCCCCUCUGAUGUCACCUACAGAAUGGUCGCCGCGGACCUGCUCCAUGCCUUGCUGGCGGGCAGCAGGGCACCCUGUGUCCUGAAGGUGCAGAGCCUCUUUGUGUUGGAUGAAAACAGCUACCCACUGCAACAGGACUUCUCCCUCCUGGACUUUUAUCUUGACGACUUGCAGCAUGCAUCCCAUGCCCUUCUCUGAGACCAGAGGAAGAACAUGCAGGCACUUCAAGGAAGAGCACUGAAAUGAUUUGUCUUUGGAAAUGAAAUGACAGGGCUUUUGCUCGGGGUGUUAAAAUAAGUAUGUUUUAUAAAGAGAAUUGUGCUAAAUGUAUUAAUUAAAACUUUUUUUCCCCUAAGAAAAUUCUGUGAAGUUUAUUGUUUGUUUAUUUUUUGGUCUUUCCCUUUCUUGCUUCUAGAGAAAUGAUCCAGCAAUGAGGCAACAUCCAGCAGUUCAUUAGGAUUAAGUCUCUCUCCGUUUAGUCCCUGCCCCAUUCCAGGCACUGUCCUAAGUACUGGGACAUGGACCUGAGGAAUUCUUUUCUGCUACGGUCACAAACUUAAUUUUUUUUCUUACUCCUUCAUUAAUAAACUGUAGACAU